AUGGAACCCUCAACAUCACGGGAGACCGUGAAUGGCGGCACUGCACAAAAGCCGCCCCCAAGACGGUUGCCCCCGCCACGGUUGUACACAUCUUAUGUCCCUCCACAAACCAUUAUAAAACCCGUGUCUUCCUCCGAAGUAUCAAGCACAGUGCCAAACCUGCCUCAACUUGAUGAGGGGCCCCAGCCACCAAGAACUGUAUAUAGUUUUCAAACGUAUGGGGUGGAUAUUGCGCCGUAUGAUGAGGAAGAGGAUAUAUAUGAAGAGAUACCGGAUGAGCUAAUCUUCCGCUUCGACACGCAACAAUGGACAAACUACGUAUUCUUCUGCCCGGGUCUCGAAUCUCUACUCAACCAUCAUGGCCCAUUGAAGCUGAAUGGAUCCACAAAUCACAAUAAUCAUCACCGAGAUGGGCUGUUGAAAACGAAAGUGCCGCCGGAUCUAGAGUUCCGCACCGAGCACUCGACCAACGGGACAGCAGCAACAAAUCUCUAUUCGGAACCGAUGGCAGAGGAUGAGGCAAAGAAGACUAGAUGGUAUGAAAUGCGUCAAGUUCUGUGGAUUGGAAUCAAUAUUGUACUUCGAAUCCACGACGACCGCCUCAACGACAAACUGCAGCCGUUCCCGGAAAGCUGGACCGAUUACGGGAGUCUUUUC